AUGGUGGGGUGGUGGCGGGCGGCGGUGCGGCGGCGGUGGUGGGCGGUGGUGGUGGUGGGCGGUGCGGCGGCCUUAGGAUCAAGAUGCCCUGAUCUACCUACUGCUGCUGCUGCUGCUGUUGUUGUUGUUGUUGCUGCUGCUGCUGUGGCGGCGGCGGUGGUGGUGGUGGUGGGCGGCGGCGGCGGCAGGGCGGUGCGGCGGCCUGAUCAAGGAUGCCCUGAUCUACCUACUGCUGUUGUUGUUGCUGCUGCUGCUGUGGCGGCGGCGGUGGUGGUAGUGGUGGUGGUGGUGGUGGCAGCGGUCUCGAUGUGCUAGUGAAAGAAACCAGGAUAAGAGACUGCGCGAAAGACUACAUGUACCCUAAUAUGCUCUUACCGGCAAGCCACUAUGCAACAGCAAGGCCAACCCUAAAGGCUACAUUGAAGGAAGGAAAGGUGCGGUAGAGACCUAGCGAUUAGGAAGCUAGAGACCGAGUGGACGCACUUCUCCAUUUCGCACCCCGGUCCCCUAGGCUCUUGCUCUUGACGCAACAAGAGUUCUCAGGGGAG